AUGCUCGGGAUAGACCUCUUCACAUUCUCUCCAUCACCGGCAACCGAGUACGCAAACGCCCAGUUCACCCUCAUGCACGAACCCAACUCAGACCCCUCAAAACCACCCUUCAACCCAGCUCGCUGCUUCGCCCUUCUCUACACAUCUGGAACCACCGGGCCCCCAAAAGGCGCACUAUACACCUGCAACAACCUCGUCCUCGGAACAAAGAGUUACCUCGACCGCCUCUCCCUCUCGACCACAGACACCUGGCUGCACCAGAUGCCCGCACACUGGAAAGGCGGGUUCGACUUCAUCCUUGCCGCCGCGUACGCCGGAGCUUGCCUCGAGUUCUGUAGCGCGGUGUUCUCCCCUACUUGGUUUUGGGAACGUAUGCGGCGCGGUGGGAUCACGGCUAUGGUUGCGUCGCCGGCGACGUUGUCGGGUCUGAAGGAGCAGCUUGAUCUGAUUGAGAGUCGGCAGGAGCGGGAGGAAUGCAUUCGGGGGUUGAAUGAGAUCCGGGCCCUCUCUACAGGGUCAAUGGCUGUGCCGGACUCCGUGAAGGAUAUCUGGCGCAAGCUUAGGGGUGGGCGGCCGUUGGUCAUCAUGUAUGGGUUUACGGAGGCUGCGGGGAUGAUGGCUAUGACGGAUUGGAGGGACAUUGAGACGAGGGAGAGUUCUUCCGGUAACUGUGGUACGCUCGCCCCAGGCAUGGAAGCAAAGGUGAACGAGUGCGGCGAGAUAUGCUUCAAGGGUCCGCUCUUGAUGAAGCGUUACGUCUCAGCUCAAGAAAACGUCAUGUCCAACGUCUUUGACGAAUCCGGGUUCUACAAAUCCGGCGACUUGGGGAGUAUCAGUGCAAAUGGCGAAGUAUCCAUCCACGGCCGCGCAAACCAAGAUGUAAUCCGCUCCCUCGGCUGGAAGAUAAACGCCCUCGAAGUCGAAGACGCACUCCGAGACCACCCAUCGAUCUCAAACGUCUUCAUCCUCGGCGUCGCAGACACCGAAGCAGGCCAACGCAUCGCGGCGCUGAUUGUCAGGAAACGCGCCGUCGGUACCAAAUCCCAAAAUGACUUCCGCCUUGUCGCCCUCCGCAAAUACCUCGCAGUCGAAAAGCAGCUUCCCGCCUUCAAACUCCCGACUCUCCUGCGGGUGAUUCCCCAUGGGCAGACCCUACCGACCUCGGAUUCAGGGAAGCCGUCGAAGAAGAAGAUGGAGGGGGUUUAUUUUGGGUCUGAGUCUGUGGAAAGUGGUGACGUUGAGGUAUGGGAUUUCAAGACUAAGGAGGAUUUCCCUGAGCGGCCGUGGGACUGGGAGGGGAGGCCGCCGGCGUAG